AUUUGGGAAACAAAGAAGGUGUGCAAGUCUUCUGAUGCUGUGCUAAAAAGUGAACUAGAUGUUGUAUUUCACAAUGGUGAAGUGAUGAUUUUAGCAAUUUACAAUCAGAAGCAUUUACAACUUAUCAAUGGAAAUACAGACAGUGUUAUUAUGCAGACAGGAGCUCAAGAAUCCCCCAUUUCCUGCUGUUGCUUAAGUGAAGAUCUUAAAUUUGCAGCUUUUGGACAGGAGAGUGGAACAAUAAAGGUAUGGAAUUGGCAGUUGAGCGAAUGUGUGUUUCUAAGAGGGCACAAGGAAGCAAUCAAGGAUUUUAGACUUCUGGAAAAUUCAAAACUUUUUUCUUGGUCAUUUGAUGGAACCGUUAAGGUUUGGAAUAUCACUACUGGAAACACAGAAAAAGAUUUUGCUUGCCAUGGAGGUGCUGUUCUUUCCUGUGCUAUUUCACCUGAUGGUAGUAAAUUUUCAUCUACUUCUGCUGACAAAACUGCAAAGAUAUGGAGCUUUGAAAGUUCAUCUGUUCUUCAUGAGCUGACAGGUCAUGAAGCCUGUGUGCGGUGCUGUACUUUCUCUCCUAAUAACAAAUUGUUGGCCACUGGAGAUGACAAAGGAGAAAUAAGGAUUUGGGACAUUUUAACAGGUGCAUUACUUCACUUCUGCUCCCCAGUUACUGUGGACGAAGGAGAGCCAACACAUGGUGGUUGGGUAACAGACCUCUCAUUUUCUCCUGACAGUAAAAUGCUUGUGUCAUCUGGAGGCUAUCUUAAGUGGUGGAAUGUAACUACUGGAGAAUCCUUACAAACCUUCUACACAAACGGAACAAACCUCAAGUCAAUACACGUAUCCCCUAAUUUCAAAGUGUAUGUGACUGUUGAUAAUCUUGGUAUUCUUUAUGUAUUACAGAAGUUGUGA